CGUCAAAAACUUUGCUACAGUAGCAAAAGCAGCACACCGAGUCCUCUUCCAGUAAUACAAAAAAAAAAGAGUAUCGGAAAGAGUUAUGGAGGUUCUCCCGAAAAACGAGACGAUCGCUCUCCGCGAAAAACAUAUUGGCAAAUCCUGUCAGCUGUUCUACCGCAAGGACCCGCUGAAAAUCCUUGUAGGAAAAGGUCAAUACCUUUACGAUGACAAGGACGAGGCGUACUUGGAUUGCAUCAAUAACGUCGCUCACGUCGGACAUUGUCAUCCGGACGUGGUGAAGGCUGGAUGCGAGCAGAUGGCCACGCUGAGCACCAACAACCGUUUCUUGCACGACAAUAUAGUGCUGUGCGCUAAACGCCUGGUGGACACCAUGCCCGAGGAGUUAUCCGUCUGCUAUUUCGUCAAUUCCGGUUCGGAGGCGAACGAUCUCGCGCUGCGCCUCUCCCAGAUCCAUACCGGAAACAAGGAUGUCAUCACCCUUGAGCACGCUUACCACGGUCACUUGACUUCCCUGAUUGAUAUAUCGCACUACAAAUUCAAUCUGCCCGGAGGCGUCGGCCAAAAAGAGCACGUGCAUCUGGCUUCAUCCCCCGAUUACUAUCGCGGAAAGUUCCGCGACAGCGAGUACAGGAGGGAGGAUUUGGGACACAUGUACGCGCAAGAGGUGAAGGAGAUCUGCAAUGGAAUAGAGGAGAAAGGACGCGGCGUGUGCGCUUACAUCGCGGAAAGCAUGCUCAGCUGCGGCGGGCAGAUCAUCCUUCCGCAAGGAUACCUGCAGGAGGUGUACGCGCACGUUCGCAAAGCGGGAGGUGUUUGCAUCGCGGACGAAGUCCAGGUAGGCUUCGGAAGGGUGGGAAAGCACUGGUGGUCUUUCCAGAUGCAGGACGUCGUCCCGGACAUCGUCACCGUCGGCAAACCGAUGGGCAACGGCCAUCCGGUUGCUGCGGUAAUUACCACGAGAGCAAUCGCCGAGAGCUUCGAGAAGACCGGAGUCGAAUACUUCAACACGUACGGAGGAAACCCGGUCUCUUGCGCCAUAGCAAACGCGGUCUUCGACGUAAUCGAAAAGGAAAACCUGCGAGAAAACGCGCUCGUCGUAGGCGAAUACCUGUUGGAAUGUUCCCAGAUUUUGGCGAAGAAGUUUGAGUUCAUCGGCGACGUUCGAGGAGUCGGCCUCUUCACCGGUAUCGAAAUAGUCAAGGACAGAUCCACUAGAGAACCAUCGAAGGAGAUCGCCAGCUACGUCAGUUGCAGGAUGAAGGAGGAGCACAUCCUGAUCAGCACUGACGGACCGGAUGGUAACGUCCUGAAGAUGAAACCGCCGAUGGUCUUCAGCAAGCAGAAUGUGGACGAGGUCAUGUACGCGCUGAACGGCAUCUUCAAGGAGGUCAAGGAGACCUUCGAGUUCGCGAUUGCGCCUCGUCCACGCUCCGAUAGUUGCAGCAAGGAGGCCAGAAAGACCAUGGGACCUUCUCUCAAGGAAGCAAUCAUCAAGUCCAUCUAAGAACCCGAAACUAUUACAUAUUUAUUUACCUUUCGUUGUUUUCUAUGAAAAUAUUUAAACUUUAAGAGAUUAUUAUAUUCUUAGUAAUUUUAUACAUAAGUAUGCAUUACGAAAAAAGAAAAAUACAAGCCAGAUACGAAACACUA